GGCGGGGCUGCGCGAGGGCGGGGCGAGGCGGGCGCCGCCGCGCCGAGGGCGGCAGUCGGGCGGCAGCCGCGGCCGGUGCGGGAGGCGGCGCGGCCGGCGGCGCCCCAUGGUGCGGCAUGUCCAAGACGCUGCGGAAGAAGCGGCACUGGCUGAGCAAGGUGCAGGAGUGCGCGGUGUCCUGGGGCGGCCCGGCGGGCCCCGACCCCGAGCUGCUGCGCGGCGGCGCCGAGCGCGGCGAGUUCCCCUACCUGGCGGGGCGCCUGGCGCUCGGCGGCGAGGGCGCGCCGGGCCCCGCGCUGCUCUCGGGCAAGGCGCCGGCGCCGGGCGACGUGCUGCUGGAGGUGAACGGCACGCCGGUGAGCGGCCUCACGCACCGCGACACGCUGGCCGUCAUCCGCCACUUCAGGGAGCCCGUGCGCCUCAAGACCGUGCGCCCAGGAAAAGUCAUCAACAAAGAUUUGCGUCACUACUUGAGCCUUCAGUUCCAGAAAGGCUCAGUAGACCAUAAACUGCAGCAGGUGAUCAGAGACAAUCUCUACUUGAGAACCAUUCCAUGCACUACGAGGGCUCCCAGAGAUGGGGAGGUCCCUGGGGUAGACUAUAAUUUCAUUCCUGUUGAGCAGUUCAAAGCGCUGGAAGAAAGUGGAGCCUUGCUGGAAAGUGGAACAUAUGAUGGUAAUUUUUAUGGUACUCCAAAGCCUCCAGCAGAGCCCAGUCCCUUUCAGCCUGAUCCAGUGGAUCAAGUUCUUUUUGACAGUGAUUUUGAUACUGAAUCACAGAGGAAAAGAACCACAUCAGUCAGCAAAAUGCAAAGGAUGGACAGCUCUCUCCCUGAAGAAGAGGAAGAGGAGGAAAAGGAGGCAGUUAAUGGCAGUGGAGGAAUAGAAAACAAAGAAAAACAUUCAGAUUCUUCUGACUGGAUGAAACCUGUUCCCAGUUACAACCAGACAAGCAGCUCCAUGGAUUUCAGAAAUUAUUUGUCGAGGGACGAAACCUUGGAGCCGCUACCCAAGAACUGGGAGAUGGCCUACACGGACACUGGCAUGAUCUACUUCAUAGAUCAUAACACCAAGACAACCACGUGGCUUGAUCCUCGUCUCUGUAAGAAAGCCAAAGCUCCUGAAGAUUGUGAAGAUGGAGAACUUCCUUAUGGAUGGGAAAAAAUAGAAGACCCUCAAUAUGGAACAUAUUAUGUUGAUCAUAUUAACCAGAAAACUCAGUUUGAAAACCCAGUGUUGGAAGCCAAAAGAAAAAAACAUCUAGGACAUUCUGAUGUUGGCCCUUCAAAAUCAGGACCAGAGAAGUCUCUCUUCACCAGAGAUCCAGGCCAGCUUACUGGAGCCCUCAUACGGACAUCACUGAAGAAAAGUACAAUGGGAUUUGGCUUUACAAUCAUUGGCGGGGACAGGCCUGAUGAGUUUCUGCAGGUGAAGAAUGUGUUAAAAGAUGGACCUGCUGCACAAGAUGGGAAAAUUGCACCAGGUGAUGUCAUUGUAGACAUAAAUGGAAAUUGUGUCCUUGGCCAUACUCAUGCAGAUGUUGUCCAGAUGUUUCAACUAGUUCCUGUCAACCAGUACGUGAACAUGACUUUGUGUCGUGGUUAUCCUCUUCCUGAGGACAAUGAAGACCCUGUUGUAGAUAUAGUGACAGCUACACCUCUUAUCAAUGGACCGCCUGUGACCAAAGGAGAUGUUUGUGUGACCAGCCAAGAUUUAAUACCAGGCACAGUUGUGUUGGACCAGAGUGGAAAGCCGGGUCCUAUGUUAGUCAACGGUCGUCUGAAUGGCCCUUCCAUGGACACAAAUGAGCAAAGGAUCUCUGUUGCAUCUUCAGGAGGCUCUCAGCCAGAGCUGGUCACCAUUCCUCUAGUCAAAGGUCCUAAAGGCUUUGGAUUUGCCAUUGCAGACAGUCCUACAGGACAGAAGGUGAAAAUGAUUUUAGACAGCCAGUGGUGCCAAGGCCUUCAGAAAGGAGAUGUAAUCAAAGAGAUUUGCCAUCAGAAUGUACAAAACUUAACACAUCUGCAGGUGGUAGAGGUGCUGAAGCAGUUUCCAGUAGGAGCAGAGGUGCCACUGCUUAUCUUAAGAGGAGGUCCACCCUCACCUACUAAAACUGCCAAAGUGAAAGAUAAGCAGGACAAUUCAGGGAGUUUAGAAGCUGUCAGCGAUCCCAUUCCACAGCCUAUGCCUUUUCCACCCACUGCUGUGAGAUCAGGUUCUCCUAAACUAGACCCUUCAGAAGUCUACCUGAAGUCUAAGACUAUAUAUGAGGACAAGCCUCCAAACACAAGAGAUUUGGAUGUUUUCCUGCGGAAACAAGAGUCAGGCUUUGGUUUCCGGGUGCUUGGAGGGGAUGGACCAGAUCAACCUAUUUAUAUUGGAGCCAUAAUCCCAUUGGGAGCUGCAGAAAAAGAUGGCAGGCUUCGAGCUGCUGAUGAAUUGAUGUGCAUUGAUGGAGUCCCUGUUAAAGGGAAAUCACACAAACAAGUUUUGGACUUAAUGACCAGUGCUGCACGGAAUGGUCAAGUGCUGCUCACAGUCCGAAGGAAGAUCUUCUUUGGUGGAGAAAAGCAACCAGAGGAGGAAGAGUCGCAGCCUAUCUCAGCCCAAAAUGGGUCUCCCCGAAUGAAUCGGGUGGAGUUUGCAAGCCAGCAGUCCUCAGAGGUCUGUGAUGUCCGUCUACAGCGGAAGGAAAAUGAAGGAUUUGGUUUCGUCAUUCUCACCUCAAAAAAUAAACCCCCACCUGGUGUGAUUCCUCACAAGAUUGGACGUGUUAUAGACGGGAGUCCAGCUGAACAGUGUGGGAAGCUGAAAGUGGGAGACCGCAUCUCGGCAGUGAAUGGUCAAUCAAUCAUUGAGCUCUCACAUGACAGUAUAGUGCAGCUGAUUAAAGAUGCAGGCAACGUGGUAACUCUGACCGUCGUUGCUGAGGAAGAACAUCGUGGUCCUCCAUCAGGAACAAAUUCUGCCAAACAGAGUCCAGCUCCACAGCACAGACCUCUGGGAUCGGCACAGAACAAUACUUCCAGUGCAGACAGGGGCGCCACGGAAGGUGAAGCUGGAAGAGAAGCAUCAAAUAGUUACAGGCUUUCAUGGCCCGAGCAUAAGCACUUGGCACAAUCUGAGGCCGGUGUUGCUUCAGUAAUUGGUAACCGUCAUUGCCAGGUACAGAGUCUCGGCUGCUAUCCAGUAGAAUUGGAAAGAGGCCCUCGAGGAUUUGGAUUCAGUCUUCGUGGAGGAAAGGAAUACAACAUGGGCUUAUUCAUCCUUCGACUUGCUGAAGAUGGGCCAGCAAUCAAGGAUGGGAGAAUACAUGUUGGUGACCAAAUUGUUGAAAUAAAUGGAGAACCCACCCAAGGAAUCACUCACACACGAGCCAUUGAGUUGAUUCAGGCUGGCGGGAAUAAAGUUUUGCUGCUGCUGAGACCAGGAACUGGCUUGAUACCAGAUCACAGUGAUUGGGAUAGUUACAAUCCAUCUUCGUCAGAUGUAAUACAUGAAGAACAGUCACCAUUACCUUCAUCUUCACAUUCUGCUUCCCCAUCUGAAGUGUGUUAUUUACCAAUACCAGGAGAAGCUUUAAUGAAAGUGCAGCUGUCUGAGAAACUGCAACAAGCCAAGAGCACUGUGCCUGAAAAGAUAAGCACUUUAACUGACAGCCUGUCUGAGAUUAAGCCUAUGUUUUCUCCCCAGAGAAUGAAGAACAGACGGGGUCAUCCCUCGAGUCCUGGGUUUGAAAUGACAAAAGGAGACACAUCUGCAAGUCCAGAAAGGUUAGGGACAGCUGAGGGACAACAUCAAACAGGAUUCCACAGCCCUAGAAAGGGGGAUCCUAAAAAGAUCCAUGGCACUCUCUCACAUAUAUGUGACAGUUCCAGAGAAAAUCAAGACAGGUCUGCCAGUCCCCAGAAGUAUCUCAGUAAGCAAGGAAACACAGAAAUGUUAGGCAAGUUACAAGAAUAUCAAGAUAGAACAACUGGUGGUGACAUUAAGACUGUUGAGCAGUUGAAAAGUGGAAAUAGUAAAAUAGGAGCCACAAGGAAAGAUACAAAACAGAAAAGUUCUGGAAAGAAGGAAGGGUGGCCGCUGGAGGGAAAAUACCCAGCAUUUGAUGAAAAUACUCUUCCAUUCGGUAAGGCCCGUGACUGCAGGACAAACGAGCCAAGUUUCAGCAAAUUCAAAACUUCAAGUCUUUCCAAUAUUCCACUGCAUUCCAUGGAGAAACAAAGAAGGCCAGAAACCCAGGAGACCGUUAUUCUGAACAGGCAACAGAGACAGACACACAUGGAGCUACUUGAUGAAACCAAAGAUGAUGGAAUUUCAAAAUCUGAGAACAGUUCACCAGUCAAGAAAGCACCAAUAACUCCUGGACCUUGGAAGGUACCAAGUGCAUGUAAAGUCACCAAAACAGCAAGUGUGGCUGAAAAACGGGUUUGACUGACACUUUUUUUAAACAUGUUUUAAUCAAGUUUCUAAUGAUGGUCAUUUAAAAGCACCAUUUCUUUUCAUAAAGUUGUCAUUUUUCAGAAACUGGUUAGAAGGUGGAAAGUAUUUGAUUUGUUCUUAAAUUAUCUAAGCUGCAUGAAGGACUUUUGGAUUGCUUAAAUGAAACUCCUCCAUAAGCUGCUGUCCCCUUGUCCUUUUGAAGGCGGUGUUCCGCUGCUCUCAACGUUGCACUGCUACGGCUUUCUCAGAUAGUAUUGUGAGUUUCUGAACAAAAUUAUUUAAUGCCUAUAUUGCCAAUGUGAUCAUGACUCACUUGUUCUUGUGCCAAGUUAUCUACUGUAUCCAGUCAAUCUAAUCCUUCUCAUAUGUAAUCCAGUCACAGAAAAGACAAGGUUUUGUUUGAAAUGGGUAUUUUCUCAAAAGCAUGUUGCAUGUUUACAUAAGGAAAUACCCAUGUUCUUACUGUUUCUGUAAGAAGAUGGGUGAGUUGAUUUUUAUCAAUUCUAGGGCAGCAAAUGAGCCACUAAUGCUGUUCCAACAGAUGUGGGGUUUUUUUUAAUUUUUAUACCUAAUAUAAAAUCAUGUAGAUAAAAAUUAUAUUUGACAUGAUAUAAUUUUGCUUUUUAUGAACACAGCAAAAUUGCUUUAUUUUCUUGAUUCAUGAGGAUGCUCAUAAUAAGUGUUGGCAAACAUCUGUCUGAAAAGAGAAAACUCUGGGUUCUGUUAAAUAGCAUAAUUCCCUUGGCUUCACUUGUGACAGGAUGUCAUCCUUAGCAUUCUUUGUAAACAUAUGCAGCGAGUACAUAUUUAUUUUCAGCCUCAUUCUGGUGCUAUAUACUGAAAUUCCCUUCAUUCAUUAUUUAAUGCUCAUUAAGAAUUGGAAUUUUUUUCCUCUGUAAAGAUAACAGUUGAUCUUUGGGCCAGAACCAAACACUGUAGUCAGCUUCUUGAAUGAAGUUCAUUGUGCCUGUGCAUAUUAGAAGUCUCCCAUAUUUUAUUUGAAAUGUGUGAUCUGUUCUAAGAGUGCUAAACAGAAUGAUAAUACAGGGUACAUGAGAGGUAAUAUCUAUUGUUUGGGCUAUAAUACAUAUUUUAAAAUAAUAUGAGGAAUGUUACUGACAGAAUCUACUUACACAUCAGUCAUAAUUAGCUGUAAGAACAGUGAACUGAAAAAUUGAAGGGAUUUAUUUUCUUUGAAGUUUUAGUGAUGAUUUCCUGAUGUAUUAGGUUUUUAAUGACUGCAAAAAAAAAAGUGGUAAAAGUUCUUUGGGCCCAGUUUGCAGAAGCAGAAAGAAGUACAGAAGGUCAAGCUUUACUUACUCAUGUUAAAAUUCAAACUAAUACAACUUGCUAUUUCAAAGGAAUUGAGCAUCUUCUUUGGCUUUGAAACAUUUAAUGUUUUUAAAGUUUAAUGAAGCACAGUGGAUCAAUUCUGAGUUGAACAAUUCUUUAGAAGUACAGAACUCAAGCAGGUUUUUGAACAAACACUUUUGAAAAUUAAAUAGGCUUUAAGGCAGAUCUGAGCUGCACUCUGCUGCUUCACAUUGGCUGAUCCACUGAUUGCUGUAGCAUAUGUACAAAUACUCCACGUUGUGGAGUAUAACUGUGAAAAUAUUUAAUACCUUGAAGUAGCCUAUGUAGAUAUUAACCAUGUGUUCUUGACAGGAGACUGUUUAUGUUGAGUUGUACACACCUGCCCUACCAUUGAGUACAGUAACAAAUUCAGAAGUUUAACACAAAGAUGAAUUAGCACCACUGAAAUGAUUUCCCUGUCAUAAACUACCCCUGUAUUUUUUCUGUUAAUGUGACCUAAUUUAGUGUCUUACCUUUCUUUGAUUUCUCCUUCCAGAGAACUUGUAUCUGUACUUACUGUAUCAGAUGACUUAGCAAUGUGGCCUUGGAAUGCUAAGCAACGUAUGGAUGUACUGGGUGUAAAUGUUUAUAUAUUGUACAGCACCUUUAUAUAUACUUCUGAGGUUCUGACUAGAGAAAGACCUGUAAAUCGCUCAUUAUUUUUUAUAUAGAUAUUAAAAAGAAACUCCAGUUCAUGGUCCAUUGGUUCUGCACUGUAUAAAGUACAUUCAUUGUUGACUUUCAGUGGUGUGAUACCUGCAUUUAAACAACUAACUAACUAUAUGACCCAGGUUUUACCCAUAAACGUAAUACUCUUCUGGAAAACAAAUGCAAUUUAUUAUUGGAAGGUUCCUUGCCUCCUUGUUCAGGUAACAGUUGUUCAGCAAAGCUACUAUAAAAAACAUCAAAUCGUGUAGUAUAAAUUGUUUAUGAUGAAAUACUUGUACUGUAGGUUUAUUUGUACAUUUUGAUAUAUAAAAUUGUCACUUUCUUUUACAUCUUAAACCUUUCCUUGUACAGAAAAUACCUGUAAACAAUUUACUAUCAAAAACUCCUUUUCCAUCUUACCUCCUAUGUGAAAGAAUGAAGCUAUGAAAGUUCCUGUGUUUUUUUUCUUUUUUUCAUUACUAAUAUACUAGAAGAUAGCAGAGUUACCAAAACUGAAGGAAAACAUGUUUAACAUAUGUCAUUAAAACAUUUUGUUUCUCUCCUGUA